GCAGCCAUGACGCUGGAGUCCAUGAUGGCCUGUUGCCUGAGCGACGAGGUGAAGGAGUCCAAGCGCAUCAACGCCGAGAUCGAGAAGCAGCUGCGGAGGGACAAGCGCGACGCCCGCCGGGAGCUCAAGCUCCUCCUGCUCGGCACAGGGGAGAGCGGGAAGAGCACGUUCAUCAAACAGAUGCGGAUAAUCCACGGGUCGGGCUACUCGGAGGAGGACAAGAAAGGUUUCACCAAGCUGGUGUACCAGAACAUCUUCACUGCCAUGCAGUCCAUGAUCCGGGCCAUGGAGACCUUAAAGAUCCUGUACAAGUAUGAGCAGAACAAGGCUAACGCACUGCUGAUCCGAGAAGUGGAUGUAGAAAAGGUUGCUUCCUUUGAGCAGCCCUACAUAAGUGCAAUUAAGACGUUGUGGAAUGACCCGGGAAUCCAGGAGUGUUACGACCGGCGGCGGGAAUACCAGCUCUCCGACUCGGCGAAAUACUACCUUACAGAUGUGGACCGUAUCGCCUUGCCAGGGUACCUCCCAACCCAGCAGGAUGUAUUGCGGGUCAGAGUUCCAACAACUGGGAUCAUAGAGUACCCCUUUGACCUAGAGAACAUUAUCUUCAGAAUGGUGGAUGUCGGGGGUCAGCGGUCAGAACGGAGGAAAUGGAUCCACUGCUUUGAAAACGUGACCUCCAUCAUGUUCUUAGUAGCCCUUAGUGAAUACGACCAAGUCCUGGUGGAGUCUGACAACGAGAACCGCAUGGAGGAGAGCAAAGCCCUUUUCCGGACCAUAAUCACCUACCCCUGGUUCCAGAACUCGUCGGUCAUUCUUUUCCUCAACAAGAAAGAUCUGUUGGAAGACAAGAUAUUGUACUCUCACCUGGUGGAUUAUUUUCCAGAGUUUGAUGGCCCCCAGAGAGACGCGCAGGCGGCCCGGGAGUUCAUCCUCAAGAUGUUUGUGGAUCUCAACCCCGACAGCGACAAAAUUAUCUACUCUCACUUCACAUGUGCCACAGAUACGGAAAACAUCCGAUUUGUCUUUGCUGCCGUCAAGGACACCAUCUUGCAGCUCAACUUGAAGGAAUAUAACCUCGUCUGACCUUGAUUUGCCUGUCCUCCCCCUCUCUCCCACCUCCUUGGGGAGACCUUUUGUCGUGAAGAAAGUAAGGCGAGAGAACCCCAUGAAUUAAAAAAA